AUGGCAGUUAACGAAAUUGAAAGCGAAGGCCCUUUGAGAACAGUUAAAGAUCUCUCUGCGGGUGCUGCUGGCGGUAUUGCGCAGGUUCUUCUUGAUAUUAUCAAGGUCCGACUCCAAACCACCACAAACUACUCAAAUGCUUUAGAUUGUGCCACAAAGAUUUUGAAGAAUGAGGGUCCGUUGGCAUUUUAUAAGGGAACAUUAACACCGUUGGUGGGAAUUGGCGCCUGUGUCAGUGUCCAAUUUGGAGCUUUCCACGAAGCACGCCGAAGAUUCGAAGAAUGGAACACCAAAAAGAACCCGCUUAAUACAUCCCUUUCUUACUCUCAAUACUACCUUGCUGGUGCCUUCGCCGGCGUUACCAAUUCCGUCAUAUCUGGACCUAUCGAGCAUGUCCGCAUUCGGCUACAAACACAACCACACGGCGCCCAGCGGCUAUACCACGGGCCAAUCGACUGCAUCCGCAAGCUUUCUGCCCAUGAAGGUGUCCUGAAGGGAAUUUACAGGGGAGGUCUCGUGACUGUAUUUCGAGAAGCGCAAGCCUACGGUGUUUGGUUCCUCAGUUUCGAAUAUCUCAUGAACUGGGAGGCUAAGCGCAGCAACGUUAAACGAGAGGAUAUUUCGGCCGUCAAAGUGGCAGCCUACGGAGGACUUGCGGGUGAAGCUCUCUGGUUGGCAAGUUACCCUCUAGAUGUUAUUAAGAGUAAAAUGCAGAGCGAUGGAUUUGGUGCCCAACAGAAAUUCGCGGGAACGAUCGAUUGUUUCAAGAAGACCUUUGCGGCUGAGGGGUUGGGCGGGUUCUGGAAGGGAAUUGGACCAACAUUGCUCAGAGCGAUGCCAGUUUCUGCUGGAACAUUCGCAGUUGUGGAACUUGCGAUGAGAGCUCUUGGAUAA